CUGACAUAACAAUUCUACCAGUUGCCUCGCUCUGUUGCAGCCAGUUCGGCGUGUGAUAGUUCGUUGUGUGGUCGUUGGUUGUGUGCUUAUUUCACUUUCACACCAGGCAAGAGUGUCACAAUCGUUAAUUCGAUAGAAAAGCUCUAUCAGUUAACGCGAACGUUAAAAGUUGCUUGAUUCGGUAUACAUAUUGCAUUGUAACGUACGCGUCUUAUAAAAUUCAGUGAAAAUGGGUACACCUGAAUUUAAGGAUAUGGACACGAACAUGGAAGAUUCUGGAAACAGUUGCGGAAGCAGUGUCGUUUCCGAUUUUAGUGGUCGUUCGGACCAUACCGAUUUCUUCGACGGCGACGCGGAUUACGUGCAAGUAUCUGAUUUGGAAGGUGAAAAUGAUAAGGAAGAAACGCUGCACGCCUUGCAGUGUGGAAUAAUGGGGGCAACUGUAGACGAACAUCGAAGGCGAAUUUCCAUCGACGCAUAUACACCAAACCAUCCAAUCAACAAUAACGACAACCACUCAGAGACUCAACAACGACUGGCAGUACUUAGUUAUGAACAGGUUCGUCGCUUAAACGACGUAAUGGACGAAGUAGUGUGCAUUCACGGCAGAGGCAACUUUCCCACUUUGGAAGUGAAACUUCGAGACCUAGUGACGGUAGUACGUGGAAAACUGGAAGCAGAGACGUCAUCGGGAGGCGCUGGAAUGCGUGUACGAGAUAUUCGCCUCAACGGUGGUGCAGCUUCACAUGUCCUAGCGACCGAGUCACAACCUUACAAUGACCUCGAUCUGAUAUUUGGAGUGGAAUUGUCGAGCGGAAGAAAUUACGACCGCGUCAAAUCGGCCGUUUUGAGUUCGUUGUUCGAUUUACUACCCGACGGUGUAAAUCGUAAGCGUAUUUCGACGUGUAGCCUGAAGGAGGCCUACGUCAGUAAAAUGGUCAAAGUGUACAACGACGGAGAUCGCUGGUCUCUAAUCUCUUUGGGAAACUCGCGCGGUCACAAAAACGUCGAACUCAAAUUUGUCGACACGAUGCGAAGACAGUUCGAAUUUUCGGUAGACUCAUUUCAAAUUGUUUUAGACUCUUUGCUUUUGUUUUACGAUUGUAGUAAGUUACCCAUUAGUGAAAACUUCUAUCCGACAGUCGUCGGUGAAUCUGUAUACGGGGAUUUUCAAGAAGCGCUAUAUCACCUUCAGAAGAAACUCAUCUCGACCAGAAAUCCAGAAGAAAUCCGAGGUGGCGGAUUAUUGAAAUAUUGCAAUUUAUUAGUUAAAAAUUACAAAGCCGCGCUCCCAGAUUGUAUUAAAACAUUGCAAAGAUACAUGUGCUCUCGAUUUUUCAUAGAUUUUCCGGAUAUCGCGCAGCAACGUGCCAAAUUGGAAAAUUAUUUGUGGAAUCAUUUUGUGGGACCAGAGGAGGAAUCUCUCAAACACCAGUACCUGAUGUUACUUCACGACGUGGUCGAAGAAUCCACCGUAUGCUUAAUGGGCCACGAGCGACGGCAGACUUUAGCACUCAUCGAAGGUCUUGCGUGGCAAGUUCUUUGUCAAGAUCAACAGCGUUUAAUGUCGCAUCAACCUCCGCCAGGUACUCUGGUGUAUGCAAAUGGUUAUAUCUAUGCUCCAGUUGCAUCGGUAAUACCAACACCUUGCUAUCCUUGCACUUGCAAUUCAUGGAUGUCUUGCUCAUCGUGAUAUGUGAAAAAGUGUCGUACAAAGCGUUAAUGUGCGAAUAUUAUGUCAGCAUUGCGUCUAUUAUAGUAGACUCUGUAGCUGUAUAGUAGUUUUUAUCGUUUAAAACGUUCGAUUAAACUAAGCGAUUACUUCGCAUAAACGAUGUGAAAAAUAUUGAGUGAGCUACCAUAAAAAUGUUAGUUCUACUAAUGUAAUCAAAUUCAUUCCGAAGAUACAGCGAGAAACGGUUUGAUUUACGUUCUAAGGGUGAAUGUGUCAAAUCUUAUGGCGCAUCGUUGGUGUGUGGCUGUGAGCAUGUUAUAUAUUUUGGUUGUGUUUUCAGUAAAUCAUAGAAAUUUUGGCAAAAUCAUGUGCAGUUUAAAGAUAUUUAAUGCCGUUUCCUGUUACAACCACGCACAUGUGAUACAUUUUAGUGGCGUUUUCACUGAAAUAUACUGCAAUAUAAAUAUGGACAAAUUUUAUUCCGUUCAAGUGAAACAAUCUGAUCAGUCUUACGGCUCGUGUUUUUAAAUUGUUUUUGUACGUUUUAACAUUGUAUUAAUCCCAGAGUUGCGUACUUUAGGCUGCACAUGAAUCCUAUCAAUAUGCAUAAUAACCUUUUUGGCGAAUUCGCAAGUAUUAUGUUCCACAGCGUUCAAAAGUUUGUGUGAUUACCAUAAAAACAAAAUAUGUUUCAGAAUAAAUGCAACUUUUCGUGAUUAAUACGUGAUCUAGAAUCUGAUUUGGAUUCAUAUUUUUAGAUAUUUUAUAUUGUAGUACUUGGAGAAACACUAAGUGGUUAUUACUAAGUUUUAUUUAGUUAUCCUUUUUUAUAUUAUUAUUUACUACAAUAGACUUAGAAGUCUCCAAAAUUACAAAAAAAAGCUAAUAUAGACUACUUGGUGACCUCCAUUAUCUCGCCUGUAAGUACUUACUACGUCGCAUAGGCGACCGACUGAAUUUAAUACAGAAUGUCUUGACUCUGGAUCUCCAGGAUUCUGCUAUAAUCUUUCACUUCCAUAAUUAUUAAAGUUAACAUAUUAGAUUAUAUUUAAGAAAAUAUCUAUUUUCAAUCAAACAUAUAAUUACCUGUAUGUAUUUAUGGGCCUCCAUUUGUAUAUUUUUAUUGUUCCAUUGGCCCAUAUAUGAAAUAUAAAAGAAUAUAAAAUUCAAUAAAAAGGAUCAUUGAGCUACAUUAAA